GUCAACUGUUUGUCAUGCCUAGUUUCCCUAGUCAACUAAACCCUUGGGGCAAACCAAAUUUUAGGAGAAAAAAAGAGAGAAACUUUACAUCAUCUUUUGUGGAUAAUGAACUUCUUGAGAUUAUAGGAUUUAGAGAUUCAUGCCAUGAAGAAAAGUUUCUUCCUUUGAAUGGCCAUGGGACUCGUCUUGCACAGGUACACCAAAUUCACUUUGAGCUUUGCAAAGGGAUAGCUAAGCAUAGUUACAUGAGUUUUGAUGGGACAAAAUGGAAACAACAUACCCCUAUUGAUGAUGACAACUACAUGAUCGAAAUCUCUUAUUCAUCUAAAACUAGAAUGCUUGCAACUUCAACUUCAAAAUGCAAACACAAAGCUAGAAGUCCUACACCUAUUGAAUAUUCUCAAUAGGGUUGAAAUCUUCAUUGAGGAUUUCCUACUAAACCUUUAUAUGUGGAUAACAUGAUAAAAUCUUUAUAUGUAUCUAUAUACAAGCAAAAAGAUUUG